AUGUCGUCAUCGUAUGAUCUGACCGUGGCCGAAAGCCCCGCUUAUUCACCAUUCUUCGGAUACAUGGGUGCAGCAUCGGCACAAAUUUUCACGGUACUCGGAGCAGCAUAUGGAACAGCCAAAUCAGCUGUUGGUAUUUCCAGUAUGGGUGUGAUGCGUCCGGAACUGAUCAUGAAAUCAGUGAUUCCGGUCAUUAUGGCCGGUAUCAUUGGUAUCUAUGGCCUAGUGGUUGCAAUGGUACUGAAAGGUAAGGUGACAAAAGCAUCAGCCGGCUACACAUUAGACAAAGGCUUUGCACAUCUGGCAGCUGGCCUGACAUGUGGCCUAUGUGGCCUGGGUGCCGGUUAUGCAAUCGGUAUUGUUGGCGAUGCUGGAGUAAGAGGAACCGCUCAACAACCACGACUUUUCGUCGGCAUGAUCCUUAUUCUCAUUUUCUCCGAGGUGCUGGGCCUCUAUGGUAUGAUUGUGGCGCUGAUUUUGGGCACAUCAUAA